AUGAAAACAAACUCUACAAACUCUACAAAGGUUUUAUAUUUCACCCUCACUGCUUACUUUGACACCGGCCUUUUCAAAUAUUUAUAUUUCAUUAUUGCACUGUCUUUAUAUGCUUUCAUUGUAGGUUCCAAUGUCCUGCUGAUUGUGGUUAUCUGUGUGAACAGAAGCUUACAUGAACCUAUGUACAUGUUUCUGUGCAGCCUGUUUGUGAAUGAGCUGUAUGGUAGUACAGGGCUGUUUCCGUUCCUCCUGCUUCAGAUCCUCUCUGAUGUUCACACUGUUUCUGCUCCUCUGUGCUUCCUGCAGGUUUUCUGUGUUUUCACGUAUGCAGGUGUAGGGUUGUUAAACUUAGCUGUCAUGUCUUAUGACAGAUAUCUUGCUAUCUGUUAUCCCCUACAAUAUCGGACACUGAUGACAAUGUGGAAGGUUGCUUUUCUGAUAGCUGUGACAUGGUUGCCUCGUUUUCUUGUAGUUGUUAUUAUAACAUCCUUGAGCGCCUCUCUGCAGCUGUGUGGGAACAUCAUUAACAAAGUGUACUGUGACAACCAGUCCAUUGUUAAACUGGCCUGUUCUGACACCACAGUCACUAACAUCUCUGGAGUCAUUGUUAGUGCUUUAACAAUAUUUGUUCCAGUUAUUUUAAUCUUUUACUCUUACAUGAGGAUCCUUAAAGUCUGUUUUUCUGGAUCCAAACAGACCCGACAGAAAGCCGUCAGCACCUGCACGCCUCACCUCGUUUCUCUGCUCAACUUUUCUUUUGGUUCUUUCUUGGAGGUGUUACAGAGCAGGUUCAAUAACAACAAUGUGCCAAACAUGUUGAAGAUUUUCUUAUCAUUAUAUUUUCUGGCUUGUCAGCCGCUUUUUAAUCCUGUUCUGUACGGACUGAAAAUGUCCAGCAUCCGUAAAAGUCUGUUUUUGCUGAAGAGUCGAUAA